GCGUAGUUUAUCGGUAACUACGGCAACGACUGGACGCCUCAGUCUCAGUAGCCUCGCCUUCCUCGAUCGUAGCUCGUAGUCGACGCGCCCCACCCCCCACCCCUUCCCUUCCGGCCCUGCGACCUACCUACGCCACCUUCCUUCUCCCCUCUCCUAAGAGAAAACAAAAAACCCGGAACUUCGGGUUCGGAACCCCGGGAAGUACCUUGAGAGCGAGAGAGAGAGAGAGAGAGAGAGCGACAGGAUGGGUUGCAAAGUGUUGAGGACACCGGUGGCGGCACUGGUGGUGAUCGUCCUGCUGGUACCGGCGGCCAUUGUUGAGGCACAGUUCAAGUGCCCGAAGAAUCGGGGCCAGUUCGAGGAUCCGAUCCAGUGCGACAAGUACUACGUGUGCGAGGACGGCGAAGCCACGGAGAAGAUCUGCCCGGAUGGGCUCGUCUUCGAUCCGUCCAUCAAGCUGAUCAACAAGUGCGACCAGCCCUUCAACGUGGACUGCGGUGAGCGGUUCGAGCUGCAACCGGCCCAGGGUACCACCGACUACUGUCCACGCAAGAACGGUUUCUUCAGCCAUCCGGAUCCGUCGAUCUGCAACAUCUUCUACAGCUGCAUCAACGGCGAGGAGCUGGAGAUGAGCUGCACCGGGGGGCUGCACUUUGACGAGAAGUCCGGUACCUGCGUCUGGCCGGACGUUGCCGCCCGGGAGGGCUGCGGUAGCAACGCCAACAAGAAACUGAACGAUGGUUUCCAGUGUCCGAAGGAGACGCGCUACGACAAGAACGGUCAGGUGAUCACGCACCCGAACUACCCGCAUCCGACCGAUUGCUCCCGGUUCUACUACUGCCUGAACGGUAUCGAGCCACGGCUCGGCCAGUGCGACGCCAAGCUCGUCUACAACGAGGACCAGCAGCGCUGUGACGAUCCGGAGAACGUACCAGAAUGCAAGGACUGGUACAAGGAGGAGGAGGGCAACGCGAAGAACCGCCGCUAGGCCACACCGCACGCCCAGACGUCGUCGUCGUCGUCGUCAUCAAUCGCUAUGUGAUACUCGCAAAACACAAAACAAACCCAUACAUCUCCGGGUCUGGCCUGGUCUGGCCAGCAAUCCAACCACCACCACCACCACCACUACUACCACCAUGGACCAUUUGGAAGUGUGUCCUUCCGCAAGAGGCGAAGGCUCGAGCUCAAUUUGACAUCGACAUCAGUCAAUCAUCAAUCAAAUCCGAUCAACCAAUCCGAUGCGAUCCGAAUACCGCGAUAAUGGCCGGCCAGGGGUAACUGGCCGGGCUCUCGGGCUCUAUUAUCCUCCCUCUCCUUGCCUGUGUUCUUUGUCCACACAGACUCUCUCUUUCUCUCUCUCUCUCUCUCUCUCUCUCUCUCUCUCUCUCUCUCUCUUCAUCUCUCUGUUCUUUGUUGUCUUUUUUUCUUUCUUCCUCACUUUCUCUCUUUCUCUCUUUGUCUAUUUAUCUGUCGCACUGCACCGCACGUCACUUCCGUACUCGCGCUCUCUGCACUUAUCUACCCCCCACUCUACCUCCCUUCUUCUCCUUCCUUCAUGCUCUUACUUACUGCACCCAUUGGUCCGGACGAGCUGUGACAGGCGUUUGGUUGGAUUGGAUUUAAUGAUUGAUUGAAGGUCUUUGAAGGCUCGCGCUACUCCAGUAUACUUUCUAUAGCCGCCGCCGCCACCGCCACCGACGAAAGCCAUUGGCCGCCACCAGCAACAGCAACAGCAACAGCUAAAUAGUAGUAGCCAUGGCACCAUGUUGCCUGUUUACGAUAAGAAUGAGAGGAUAGUAAACAUUAGGAACCAGUGUGGAAAAAGAGUAGAAGAAAAAGAAAAAAAACACAAUAAAGCUGGGUUCGCAGCCCUCCUCCCCCUCUCUA